UUUGUCAAAACAGAGGAGGAGAGACGGGGAGAGGAGACAAAACAGGCGGAGGGGGAGGUCUCCUAUCAUAUUAUUGAGAGUCUGGCACACUCCAAACAGACUUAUCAAUAUGGCCACGUCUUUCCUCAUCAGCUUCACCUGAUGACCUUUGCCUGCUGAAAAAGCGGGAUCUGCACCAUGAAGACCAGACUAGGCUGCCUGUCCAACAAAUCUGACUCCUACAGUGACUUUUCUGAGUUCCUUCCUCCUGCCCAUGAAACCACAGCCAGGUGUCUGAAACUAUCAACGGAUGAGGUUGUUCGAUGGUCUGAAUCGUUUGAUCACCUUCUCUCUCACAAAUAUGGCCUGGCUGCCUUCCGGACAUUUCUCAGGACAGAGUUCAGUGACGAGAAUAUCGAAUUUUGGAUGGCCUGCGAGGAGUACAAAAAAAUCAAGAGCUCCACCAAGCUUGUGUCAAAAGCAAGCAAGAUCUUCAAGGAGUUCAUUGAUGUUCAGGCACCGAGAGAGGUAAACAUUGACUACCGCACCAGGGAAAAGACCAAGCAGAGCCUGGAGGACCCGUCCCCAACCAGCCUCAAUGAAGUCCAAGCUAAAGUCUACAGCCUCAUGGAGAAGGACUCCUACCCACGAUUCCUCAGGUCCAAGAUGUACCAGGAUAUAGUCAGCAGGGCGCACGCACAGGGCCAGCGGAGGUCUGUUUGACUGAACCCGAUGAAGACCGCAGUGGACAAAAAAAACUGGACCUGUACUGUAAAUCAAUCAUUAACCCCUUUGACAUCAUCUCUGAAUACUGUGAAUCUGCAAGGUUGGGGUGACAUGCUUGACUGUUUCCUUUGCCUACACCAGCUCCAUGCAUGCAAUCCCUCUAGAUAAGACAUGUCUCGCUGGACUGCACUGUACAGAGAAGGAGAUUGGAUGAGGAUAAGCUAAUUGAUUUACCUCUGCCUAGUGCUGGGUGAUAUGUCUGAAAAAAUUAUCACAAUAAAAAUGACCAUAUCAUGCGAUAACGAUAAUUAUUAUAAUCUGUACAUUUAAUUUUUUUUAAUUAACUUAAUUCUUUUUUUCCAUCCGUCAUAUACCAUGGGUUUAAAACUUAUACUCGUUAAAGGAAAAUGUUUAAAAUUAAAUAGAACGGUUAAUUUUGUUUUUUAGGUCAAACUAUUGGUCAAGAUCGAAAAUUAACUCUCAACAUUGAGUCGAGGUGUGUCUCAGUGUUUUCACUGUAAUUAGUAAAAACUAAUUACAUAUCCAAAAAGUAUAAAAUGUACGAACAUCUCAAUAUGAAACAAUAACAGUAAGUCCUUACAUUCAUUAGGCAUUCAUUUCUAUG